CCGCCUCACGUACAUUUAUUUUAGUGUCCGAUAGCGAGACCGAGCAGCUCCAAGUACCUGAUGUUGCGACUGCAGUAAGCGCUUUAUCGAAGAUUGCUAGGUUGGCAAGAUAAAGGAGUUAGAAAUACGAUAUUAGGGUUACUGAGGUUAAUUCCACACUCAUGGAGAUGAUAAAUUGUAAAAUGGAAGAUCUGGAAGAUUAUUAUGGCUUGAUUGGGUGCGAUGAGUUGUCAACGACUGAACAAAUUAUGGCAGAGUAUAAAGUCAGAGCCCUGUCUUGCCACCCUGACAAACAUCCGGAAAAUCCUGAAGCAGUACAAGACUUUCAAAAGUUACAACAGGCCAAAGAUAUUCUCAUAGAUGAGACCAAAAGAAGAAAAUAUGAUUACUGGUUGAGAAGUGGCAUCACUGUGCCAUUCAGUGAAUGGCAGGCCUUGAGUGACACAGUUAAAAUUUCAAUGCAUUGGGCCCUUAAAAGCAAAAAGGAGCCCAUGCUAAAAGCAGCAAAAGAUGCACCUGAAUUCCAAGCUGGUCAAUCAGAAACUCAAGUGCCAAUAGAGGGGAUAUCAUCUGAUGAAGAAUGUUCAGGUGGUUAUUGGCUUCACAAAUUUCGGUGUACAAGUGAUGCUCCUUCAGGCCUCUUGAAAAGGUUUAGAAGUUAUCAAAUAUGAAGAAAUAUUGCCUAUAAACUCAAUAUUUAGAACACUGUUAAUUUGUGGUUUUGAUGAAUAUAUAAAAUAAUUUAGUGGUUUUUCAUAUUGUGGAAUAAUGCAUGGUUAUUGUCCUCAUUCAGUGGCAAAAUGAAGCUGUAUUUUCAUAGUCCAUACUACACAAUGCUAGAGAAUAUUGAGUCAGUGUUAUUGAAAAUGCAUAGGAUUAUUGUUUAGGGUAAAAUUGUAAGGUGAUCAUUUAAAUUGCUUUCAAUAAAAAUGUCUCAUUUUUAAAGUUCUAUCAACCGAACUGCCAGGGAUUGGUGUUUAAGACAUGGAUUCUGCACAUGUGUACACAUGCUCAGAUCUUGUGUUGUAUGGUGACCAUGUGACAUAGUAUUUCAUUAUAAAAUAUGAUUGUCUAUUACCCCAUUCCCACUCAACAUGAAAACCAUAUGUUUUCUGUUAUUAGGCAGUAAUGGUGUCAUGUGGGAAUGGGAGUAAAACAGCAAAGUCAAAACAUUUAUCUAUCCCCUGUCAACCUAGUAACAUUUAUGGAAAUCUUUUGUCAUGGCUCCAGUGGGAAUCAGAAUCAUCAGAUUUGUGUUGUGACCGGUUGUGAUAUUACCGAAGAUAACAUAAAUGAUGUAGUGAUAUUGUUAUGGCAUGAGUCAUACUGCCUCACUGUAAAGCAACCAGCAGCAAACUUGAAACAAGAAGCAAAGAAAACAUCGGCAGAUACAGUGGAACCGCCAUAUACGUUGGGGAUGCGUUUCAAGAGCUAACAUGGACAACUGAAACCGUGGAUAGGAGCAAACAAUUUGUUUAGCUUGUUUUUCACGUACAUACGGUGUCUUGCAAAAGUAUUCAUCCCCCUUGGUGUUUGUCCUGUUUUGUCGCAUUACAAGCUGGAAUUAAAAUGGAUAUUUGGGGAUUAGCACCAUUUGAUUUACACAACAUGCCUCCAACUUUAAAGGUGAAAAUUGUUUUAUUGUGACACAAACAAUAAUUAAGAUGAAAAAACAGGAAUCUGGAGUAUGGAUAGGUAGUCGUCCGUCUCCCCCCCCCCAAAAAAAAAAAGGCAAUACUUUGUAGAGCCACCUUUUGCUGCAAUUACAGCUGCAUGACUAAUGUAUGACUCAUUAGCUUAGCACAUCUAGCCACUGGGAUUUUUGCCCAUUCCUUCAGGCAAAACUGCUUCAACUCCAAGUUAGAUGGGUUGUGUGUUGGUGUACAGUAACUUUCAAGUUAUGCCACAGAUUCUGAAUUGGAUUGAGGUCUGGGCUUUGAUUAGGCCAUUUCAAGACAUUUAAAUGCUUUCCUUUAACCCACUCCAGUGUAGCUUUAGCAGUAUGUUUAGGGUCAUUGUCCUGCUGGAAUUGUAAACCUUUGUCCCAGUUUCAAACCUCUGGCUGACUCAAACAGGUUUUCCUCUAGAAUUGCCCUGUAUUUAGUGCCAUCCAUCUUUCAUUCAAUCCUGACCAGCUGUCCUGUCCCUGCAGAUGAAAAAUAUCCCCACACCAUGAUGCUGCCACCACUAUGUAGGAAUAGUGUUCUCAGGGUGAUGGGUUUGCGCCACACGUGGCAUUUCCCAUGAUGGCCAAAAAGAUCAGUUUUAGUCUUAUUUGACCAGAGAAUCUUCCAUGUGUUUGGGGAGUCUGCCACAUGCUGUUGGGCAAACUCCAAACGCGUUUUCUUAAGCAAUGGCUUUUUUUCUGGCCACUCUUCCAUAAAGCCCCACUCUGUGGAGUGUAUGGCUUAAAGUGGUCCUAUGGACAGAUAUUCCCAUCUCCGCUGUGCAUCUUUGCAGCUCCUUCAGUGUUAUCUUUGGUGUGUUUGUUGCAUCUCAGAUUUAAUGCUCUCCUUGUCCAGUCUGUGAGUUUUGGUGGGUGGCCUUCUCUUGUCAGGUUUGUAGUGGUGACCUAUUCUUUCCAUUUUGCUAUAAUGGAUUUAAUGAUGCACUCUGGGAUAUUUUAUAAGUUUGGGAUAUUUUUUAUAACCCAACCCUGAUCCAUACUUCUUCACAACUUUGUCUCUGACCUGUUUGGAGUGCUCCUUGGUUCUCAUGUUUCUCGUGCUUAGUAGUGUUGUAGAGUCAGGGUUCUUCCAGAACAGAUUGCUUAGUAUACAUAUGACAUUGUGACUUAUGAAGUGAAUUGGUUGGACCAGCUCUUAUUUAGGGGUUUCAUACGAAACAGGGGUAAAUACCUAU